AUGCCUGCCGCCAUCGCCCCAAUCACCGGCAUGCUCCGCCGGGGUCUUGUCCUGGACCUGAGCGUCGCUUUCGAAAAUGAGUUGGGUUCAACCUGGCGCGAUCAAAGGAUACUCGCAAAACCAACUUCGGCAUACCGCAUGCGACACAUACUCGAAUCUGGAAUUGAACGACCGGUGGAGGGAAUCAGGGCAUGGAAGAAACGGCUCACUAACCAACACUCUCCUCCGACAGGCUUCGGUACUACCUUCGGUUACCUCUGGUGGUACGGUUUCCACCUUCCCCGCGUCCGUGAGCGUGAUGUCUACUACGCUCGCCUCGAGGCCGACCGCGCUGCUGGGCGCGUUUAA